AGAACGGCAUAUCAGAGGCGUCGCUGGCCGCCUCCCGGUGUGGGAACUUCUCGGAGAACAAAAAGAAAAAGCAAGACAAAUGCACGCGCAGAGUACCGUGCGAUACAAUGACAACAUCGUCUUCUGUUUCUCUAACAGACGCGCUAUGCCACCUGCUGGAAACCACGAGUUGCCUUCAGGACCAAGUACUAAAGCACGUGACGGCCCUCGCCUGUGCCCGCACGCCAACAGAUGACAACGCAGAGGAAAGCACUACGCCACCGCUGUGGAGCUACCCCGCUGGGCACCCUCCCUACCCUCAUGCGUCUCAGCCAGACUCGAUGCCUCAAUUCCACAUCAGCCGUGCGGUCGUGGAUGCGGAGAAGAAUACACCAUCGGGGACGGUCCUCGGACUGAUUGAAAUGGUUCUCGUCUUGGACGUAUUCGAGGUAGCGCAGGCAUCUCCCGACACCUGUUGUGCGCUUUUUUGCAUGCCGCCCACGUCGCUGGAUGUGGCUGCCUCCGCUGCGGUGCAGGAGUGGCUGUGCCUCUACGUCUGCGAUGAGCAGACCGACGUGCACGGCGGCGACGAUGUUUUUGCACGCGGUCGGAAUGCGGAUCGAGCAGUGGAACGCGCCUGCGCUGUCGAAGCGUCCAUCUCUCGACUGCCAUGGCCAGCGGCGUGGUGGUCCGCACUGGCGGCAAGGCAAGUGGAGUGCAACGUGCGUGUGCUUCUGCUACGCACCCCAAGCGUGUACGCCGCGCUUACGUCGGACGGAGAUAUGAUGAGUGAUUGUCUUCUCCAUCCGCGUUCUUCUACCUCUACUUCUUUCAACACGGCGCCAACUCCUGUGAGAGACGACGUCGUCGGCAGAAGAAGUAACUCGCUCGCUGGCCUCUCCGCCAUAUCCGUGCCGCCGACGGAGGAAGGGAGGCUGCCAAGUCUGACGUCUUCUAGUCGGCGUUUGUCAGGCUCCUUUGCCGUCUCCGCUGCGGGGUCGUCUGUGGCCUCCACGGUGGCUGCACGGCCCUCUUACCCUUCUGACAGUUUUCUCGAAAUCGCGCCGGAAGUGCACGUGGUCGGCGUUGUGCAGCAGAUCUGCUUUGAGAACAGACGUGCCCUUUCUCCCGCCCCCUGGGUGACCCUGCUGCUCCUUCUCCCUCACGCUAACGUGCCUGUGCGUCGGGAAGUAAACCUCAGUUCCCUCUACCCUUGCGCGGUACGUGCGGCCGCGGUGAUGGGAGAAGUGAUUGAGGUCUGCGGGCGCACCCACGUCGCUCGGCGGCAGACGAGUGGCAGAGCGGGUGGGGGCAGAGGCUGCGCAGAGACGCUGCUGCGGGAGUGCAUUCUGGCGAGUUGGGCCGCCCCAGUGCUGCUGUCGUUGCCACAGACACCGUCUUUCGCUUCGGCGCUCACCGGACACGUGAUUGGGGCCUUCAGUGACCUGCCAACGCCGCCUGCUGUCUAUGCUGCCUCGCCCAUCGCAACCACCACCGUCGUUCCAUAUGCGGUCCUUCAGCCCGCUCGUCAAACGCCUUUCCACGACGAUGCGAGCAUGUCAGCGACGUUGCGCUACGGCGAUUCUUUUUUCCAUAAGAUGUCACAGGACAUGGAGGAAGUCUCUGUGGCCGAGUUGUCGGGCUGGGAGGAGGAGUGGGCGACACGCGCUGCGCUCACGUGCUGGGAGGGCGCACGUCUGGCGCUGGGUGUGGAACUGAACGGCACAGACAACACGCUGACCGCCUCCGCAUUCUUUUCCACGUCGCUCGACGUCGUCCUCUCCGCCCAGCUGACCAUCUUCUCCGCGCAGAUGAGUGACGGGGUGGUGCUGCUGCUGGUGGACGAAGCGCCAGAGUCGUUAGUGACGCAGAUGUUCUCAGCUUUCGACAGAGCUGCCCCGACGGCGACGUUGGAGUUUCCUUCCUCGACGCUGUGCCGUGCCAGUCCGUCGUUUCUGCUGCCCUCGUAUCGUGUGCAGCGCGUACCGGCUCCCGUGCGGCUCGCUCAGCGGCCACCGGUAGCCCCGGACAACGACGCCAUGCGGCCACCAGCGGUACGACGCUUCUUCCAGCGAAGUCGCACUAACGGACCAUCUGCGGCAGCUGCCGUGGCCGCACCACCGCCGCCAUUUUAUCCAGAAGUGCUGAAAGGCGGUGCCUUGACGAAUGCGAGCGGACGGGCACUCGUGCUGCAGGGGAUUGAAGUCAUUCCCGCAGCGACCCUUAAGGUGCUGCAGGAAGCCCUUCGUGCGGCGCGCCACGACGGUGGGGACGUGGAUGGCACGGCUGUGGGAGCAGGAACAGCAGCUGCAGCUGUUAGGGGCGUAACAGGUAUUGACGGGACUUUUCACUCGUUUGAGAACACCUCACGCCCUCCUCACAUAACAGAGACAGCGGCGACUACGGCGGAUGCACCCCUCACCGAGUCCGACGGCGCGCGACACGUCGUUCAACGCGAGGGUGGUCAGUACGUGAAGUACCGCGUCGCGCACGCUGCGGUGUGCUCCGUGCGCCACGGAGCGCGUCUAGCGGAGAAGAGUCACCUUUUCGAGUUCGCGCAGCGGUGUGAUGUGGUGGUGCGACCGGCGUACGAUCGACGUCGGCAGGCCGCGGCACUGCAGGCGGCGGUGGACGCACCUUUUCAACACCUCCUUCGCCGUCGACAGGCGACGUGGCUGAGCCUUUUGGGUGCUGCCUUCGCCUUCCCAACAAAACUGCAUGACACCGCCGCUGGUGCGGCGGGGAUGGGUGACAUGAGUGCGACGCCGACCUUGACGGAGCCGUGCAAUCGACUGCUUAGCUCCUACUUCAUCGCGGCGAAGGCGCUCUGCCAGGAGGGCACCGAUGCGAGCGUGAUGACGACGCUCGUGAAACUGACAGUCACCCACGCACAGUGGCGCUGCAACCUUACCGAGUUGCGUCUGCGCGAGCGGACCAGUCGGAGCACGGGUGGGACACCGCGGGGGUGCGUGGGUGCUGCGGCGCGGCGUCCGCCUCGCGCAACGGCGCUAAUCGACGCCGUGGUGGCUGUCGGCCUCUGUGAUGCCACCUUGCAUUUCUUCACCGCGAAGGCCCUCUUCGGCGAGUGUGUGCUGCGGCUCUUGGAAAAGGAGGCGUGGCCCAUCUGGGAGGCGGAGGCCGGAGAGGGGCAUCGGGGGGCGCUGCCAGAUCCAGCAAUGCAGACGUACGGAGGAGAUGAGGAUGAUGAAAUGCGUGUGCGGCCUCCACUGAGCGUGCCGCGUGGGGCGUCUACGGAGGUGCAGCAACUCUGUCAGCAAGUUGAAUUCCGAAGUCGCUGCUGCCUGGAGAGCUUUUCGAGUGACCACGUGCCCCCUCGACCGUCUGCCUUCUCAAUCCAGCAUCUGGUGCAGGACUUGAUCGACCACCUAGAGCGCGUCACGCACAACGUCGCCUCAUCAACGGGAGCACAGCAGUAG